AUGCUUGCAGACUUGUCUAAUAAGAACCAUGCUUUUCAGCAUAUGGAGGAUGAUAAUAAGAAGGAGUUACAGAUGGUGUGCCUCAUUCAUACUCUGGGGAGGGUCUUGUUCUCAGGAGCUGAAUUUCAGGCCAAGAACAUUCUGAAAUCCCGCUACGGUGACAGCACGACAAAUACGGUCCAGGCGAACCCGUCCUUAAACAACUAUAGCCAAGACUACACCGGAGGCUACACUCAGGACUACUCUGGAGGCUACGCUCAAGACUACUCCGGAGGUUACGCCCAAGACUAUUCGGGAGGAUACACCCAAGGCAACACUGGGGGCUAUUCCCAAGACUACAACGGAGGCUACGCGCAAGACUAUUCAGCUGAUAAUUAUUACGGAGAUCCCAAUAGCGGGACAGAGUACAAUAAUAAUUACAGCACGUACGACACCUACAGCCGCCCGAAUCCCUCCUUCCAGUACAACGCGGAAACCGGAGGGCAGGACACCUUCGGAAACUACGACUCGCAAGGGAACAACAGCACCUACUUAGACAACUACCCGGAGUACGACUUCGCAACGGACGGCAACUCUUACAACUCCUACGUCAGGCAGAACGACUCACUUCGUCAGGAGGGGGACGACUUCACUGGCGAGACCGAGACCAAAGGGGCUUAUCCGACCUACGACAGCUACGGCGCGUCUCGCCCGCAGAGAAAAUCAACCAAACUUAAUAACUCUUUACACAUAUCAAUUAGUAUUGGUAAUGGUCGCAGAAGCAGUAGUGACAAUGGCAGAUCAUCGAGAAUCACCAUCAAGCCCUCCCAUUCAAGCAGGAGUGAAUUAGGCCCAGUGUUAAGGGCUAUGAUUCCUUGUGUCCAGAAAUAUAUGGGCAAGAAAUCUCUCUUCCUCCAGAGGGUUUUGGUUAGAACGCAGAAACUAAAGGCAGCACCAGAAGAUUAG